AUGAUUGGGAAGCAUAGGAGCAAGAAUGAAGGAAAAGGCGCAAGUCACGGCCACACGUCACCGGCCAUGACCAUGUUCGUGGGGCUGAAGAUCGCGGUCGCGAACUGGAGAAGGCGACCAAGAAGAAGACAUAAAGUUUCCCCAAUUGAAUCGCGGGCAAGGCAUAUUUUGACCAUGGAAAAUAUGGCGGUCGGGAUCUUAUGGAGGAGACCGCGAUCUUGGCACUUAAAGAUGAAGUCAAAAAGCGUCGUUUCGGGCAACAUGGGGACAUUCCAGCAUGUCACGGCCUGGUCACGGCCAAUUGUCACGCCCUCGAGGCCAUGA